AUGGAUGAAAAGGAGAAUCGAACGAUGUCAAGAGGCAAUUGUGAUCACAAGAUACGUGAUCAUAACAUAGAAUUAGGAUUUUUAAAUACCACUAUAAGUUCAGAAAACUAUAAGGGAUUCCAGAGAUGGCAGAAACAUGAUGAUGCACAGGAUAGUUUUUGUAUAAAAGAGACUGAUGCAGGGGAAUAUGUUAAUUUACUGUUGAAUCCAGAAAGAUAUACUGGCUACAGAGGUUCCAGUGCUCAUCGAAUUUGGCGUAGUAUUUAUAUGGAGAACUGUUUUAGGUGAGAAUCACAUUUGCUUCAUAAUAAACUUUUUUUUCCCAGCUAUUUGCUCAAAAAGUAAUCCAUGUGUUUAGAAAAGAGAGUGUUUUAUAGAGUAAUUUCUGGACUUCACACUAGUAUAAAUAUACAUUUAUCGGCUAAGUACUUGUUAUCUAGUAAUCAGUUGGAAAUAUCUUCUGAAGGACAAUGGGGACCUAAUUUAGAAGAAUUCCAAAGACGUUUUUCACCGGAAACAACCGGUGGAGAAGGUCCAAAUUGGUUGAAAAACCUUUAUUUUAUAUACAUGUUAGAAUUAAGAGCACUAGCUAAGGCAGCUCCGUAUUUGCAAAGAGAAGCAUAUUACACUGGGAAUGCAAAUGAAGAUAAAGAUACUCGACUAGCAGUUAAUGAUAUUUUAAAUGUUAUACAAACAUUUCCCGAACACUUCAAUGAAAGCGUUAUGUUUAAUGGCGGUGUAGAAGCUCAAGUAUUGAAAGAGGAAUUUAAAAGUCACUUUAGAAAUAUAUCUCGAAUAAUGGAUUGUGUCGGUUGUGACAAAUGUAAGCUGUGGGGAAAACUUCAAGUUCAAGGUCUUGGCACUGCUCUGAAAAUUCUGUUUUUAGGAAAGUUUGAACAAUACGAACCU